AAAACCGUCCGCACCACGACUCGCGGAUGGAGAGAGAGCGUGAGAGUAGGGCAGGGUAGGGGAGGAGAGAGAGGAGGGAAAAAAUUGAAGUAGUAGAAACCCCCGUUCGUCUCUAUCGCCAAAACUUCCCCCCAAACUACCCACCCAAAGCUUUCGUGCUCCCGUCUCCCCCCCACGACCCCCCUCCCGAAACCCUAACCACCUUCCCCAGCUAGAUCCUUCCACCGUCCCCCGAUUGGUCCGGCGCCCGAGCCCUCCCCGCUGAUGGCGUCGGGGGGCGCGCAGAUUGAAGUCGAGCGGCGGCUGCGCGACGUCGCCGCGCGCUUCGUCUCGCUCCCGGAGUCCAACAAGGAGCUGCAAGCGUUGCUCGAGGAAGCAGAGAUCUGGUUGUCCAGGGUGGACCAGUCGCCACCCGACAGUACGCGCACUGCUAUUCGGCCCAUGAUGGAUGCUUUGGUCAGAGAGGAUCUGCUAAACCACCCUCACCCGGGGGUUAAGGUUGGUAUAGCAUGUUGCCUAACAGAGGUUACCAGGGUCUCCGCACCAGAUCCUCCGUACGAGGAUGAUGUGAUGAGGGGUGUGUUCACAGUGGUUGUGGACGCUUUCGGCAAGCUGGAUGAUACCAAAAGCCCAUUAUUUGCAAAGCGAGUUUCCAUGCUGGAAACCAUUGCCAAGGUCAGGUCUUGCGUCCUAAUGUUGGACCUUGACUGUGACGACUUGAUCCAGGAAACAUUCACACACUUUUUCAGGAUCAUAAGCCCAACACUUCAAGAAAGUGUCGUCACCUCUAUGGAAACUAUAAUGAUGUUUGUAAUCCAGGAGAGUGAGCCUGUCCAUCCAGGUCUGGCAUCUUGCCUCCUUCGGAAUCUUAAAAAGGAAAAGAAGGAUUCUCUUCUAGCAUCUUAUCGGCUUGCAAAGAGGAUAACACGUCUUUGUCCUGAAAAAUUAAAGCCGGCGUUUGCUGAGUUACUUCAGGGCAGCCCCUUAAAUGAGUACAGCAAAGUUGUUGCAUCUUCAGUAGAAAGUUCUUCAGAUGCUGGAAGAGACAACAACAUUGAUGCUGUUGAAAAUGACACGGAAUCUUCAAAGUCAGAGAAAGACGGACAAGAUGGAAGUCCUACAUACAGUACUCCAAAUGGAUUAGCUUCUGUUCAGAAAUCUGAACUGCCUACUGAUGACAAGCAGACAGCAGUUUCUGAUGACAAGGGGGCACCAGAACCAGUCACCACAGAGCCUGAAAAGCUAUCUGGUGUCAACUCAAAGAAAAGCAAUAAGGUUGGCACUUCCACUGAGUCGAAGGUGACUGAACAUUCUAAGGUUGCUAGCGAUAACCAGGACCUUGCAUCUGGGGAGCUGUCACCAGGGACAAAUGGUGGCAAUAAUAAGGCAACGGUAGAGGCUUGCAACAAAGCUAGUGAUGAUACAUCAAAGCCUCUUGAUAGUACACCUGCGGAUGACACUUCAAAGCCUGCUGAUAGUACACCUGCUGUAGAUAAACCAAAGCGAGGCCGGCCUCCUGCAGUAAAGUCACAGGAGAAGAAGCCUGUUGGGAAGAGUCAAGGAUCAGGUCUAGAAUCUAAAGAAGUCCGCUCAGGCAGUACUUCUGGUGGGAGACCUGCAAGAAGACCCGCUAAAGAUAACAAAUUAUCAUCAAGAAAGUCCAGUGAAGAAGAAUCUUCAAAGAAGCAACCAACGGCCAGUCCCGAUCUGAGGAAAGAGGACACUCUCUCUGAUGAAGACACUGAUGAAGAUCUCAGUUUGAAGGAAAUGGCGUCUCCUAAAUCAUUGACCAAGACGGGAAAAAGCAAAGGCCAACCAGGGGACAGUGGAGUGUCAAAAAGAAAACUUGUGCAGGAAGCUGAAGAGGUUCCUCAGUCAAAGAAGAGCAAAGUUUUUGAUGGGAGCCUUGUUGGCUCAAGAAUCAAAGUGUGGUGGCCUGAUGACAAAAAGUUCUAUAAGGGUGCUGUUAAGUCAUUUGACGCUUCUGCAAAAAAGCACAAGGUUGUGUAUGAUGACGGUGAUAUUGAACAUCUGCUACUUAAGAAUGAAAGAUGGGAGUUCAUUGAUGUGGAGCAAGACGAUAAUCCUAAUGCAGCAUCUGAUAGCAGGUCUCGUGGUAGGAGAGGCAAGCAGGACAGCACUGUUGACAGCAAUCCUUCCAGGAAAAGAGGGCGUCCGAAAAUUGUGCGUGAGGAUAGCCCUGUGUCUUCAGCCAAAUCGAAGGUGAAGAGUGCAGAAAAGGAUGCUGAAGGUGGGGGGAGGUGGCCUCGAUCUGCUAGCAGGGGAAGCAGCAAGGAUGAGGCUGGCGGCAAGACUCAAAAAGGCGCAAGUGCUGUGAAAGCUUCUGAUGGAUCCAAGAGCAACGGUCUUUCAGGCAAACGGAAGCCCAAGGAGAAAGUAGCAGAGUCAUCUGAUGAAGAGGAGGAAGAAGAAGAGCCGGUGUCUGCUAAGGCAUCCACAGGGAAGAAGCGCAGAAGGAAGAUGCUCAACUAGUUGCUCUACUGCUGAACCAGCUAGCUAAUAGUUGUAGCUAGUCUCCUGAUUAGUAGCUGUAAUGUUUUAGGCUUUACUUUUGUUUGCGUGUGGUCGGCGUUGAAACCUCUUUGGAAGAUUGGAUGCCAUGCUUGCUUUGGUUCAAGCCGUUUUAUUAUUGCAUUGUGAUGUUUAUGUAGUAGUUGGGUUACCUUGCUAUCUGAAAGUUAACUUUGUAGUACCAAAUAUGAAUGAAGAAAGUCUCGAAGGGAGGAGCCCAACUUCAUUGUA